GACUGUUUUCGCGCGAGCACACAUGCGUUCAUCAAGCCACGACUGGGAAACGCACGUGAGACCCUUAAAACAGUCUUAAUAACAGUCUUAAUCAUCCUUUAUUUCGCUGUUUAUUAAAGAUGUCGGACUCAGAAGAUGAUUUCCAGCUGGGAGCCGACUCUGAGGAGGAGGACUGUGAGCUCUCAGACGGAGAGCUUCAAGAAGCCUUCUCCCAGGGACUCCUCAAACCCGGCAUGAACGUCCCUUUAGAAGAACCUAAGAAAGCUGUGAACAACGUGGAGGGUCUGAAGAAAUGCCUGGCGGAGUUUAAGAGGAGUCUGGCCUGGGUGGAGCGACUCGACCUCACCACGCCGCCCGCCGACGACAUCGUGGCUAAAGUGGAGGGGAGGGCGGGGCCGGGGGCGGGGCCGGGCGGAGACGGGGUCAGGGCAGACGACGACUUUCAGAGGGAGAUGUACUUUUAUCGACAGGCCCAGGCCGCGGUUCUCGAGGCGCUGCCCAAAUUACAGAAGUCACAGAUUUUUACUAAACGGCCGGACGAUUACUUUGCAGAGAUGGCCAAAUCAGAUCAGCACAUGCAGAAGAUCAGGAAGAAGCUGAUCCAGAAGCAGCUGGCGAUGGAGAAAUCCGAGAAAGCCAAGAAGCUGAGAGAACAGAGGAAGUUCGGCAAGAAGGUCCAGGUGCAGGUUCUACAGAAGAGGCAGAAGGACAAGAAGUCCAUGAUGGCGGCGGUGAAGAAAUAUCAGAAAGGUAUGACUGACAAACUGGACUUCCUGGAAGGAGACGAUGAGGGGAAGAAAGGAGCAGCAGCAGCAGCACCAUCCAAACCACACAUCAACAAGAAACGUGCUAAUGCGAAGAGGAAGUACAAGGACUCGAAGUUUGGGUUCGGCGGCAAAAAGAAAGGCUCCAAGUGGAACACGAAGGAGAGCUACGACGACGUGUCGGGAUUCCGCGGCAAAGUCGCUCACGGCAAAGUGGGCAAGAAGUUCAGCAAAGGAGGAAACAAGAACAAGCGGCCGGGGAAAGAAGCGCGCCGGAAGAUGAAGCAGCGGAAGUGAGACGUGAGGCGUGACCGUGAUUAACAUCUUUAAUGUGGAGGAGAUCUGACGACGCUUCCCUGAUCUUCAGUGGACCUCUGUCAUGGCACAAGCUGCUCCAAACACACACACACUCGGAGAAAGCUGGGGUGUGCUGUUUCUGAAGAGGGACGUACUCAUGAGUCUCACUUAAAAAAAAAAAAAAAGCCUUUGGAUUUUAUAAUAAUUUUCAUUACUUCCUGGUUUGUGAAUGAUGUGCUGGAUAUGUUUUUUAUUUUUUUUAUAUCCAGGACGUCUGUACUCGUCUGUACAUUUGUCACACAAGUGCCAAAGUUGUUGUGGAUUUACAGGGACUUUUACACAAACCUGGCGGCCGGAUGAUGAAUUGGAACCAAGGACUUACUGAGUGUGUGUGUGUGUUUCUUUGAUGGCCAUCAAUACAUAUACACACACGCACACACACAAGACAUAAAAUAUAACUUGGAAUUAAAUUUUUUUAAAAGUGAAUGAAAUAACGUGUUUUACUUCCUCGGUCCGAUCAUGUGACUCGGCUCACUAAGUGUCGACUCCUUUGGGCUGCCAAGUGAAACGCUAGUUUUUAGGGGAAAAAAGGCCAAUUUUAUUAUCAGUUAUUAUUUCUUUCCUGAGAUGUUUUAUCAUGCUUUACUUAAUAAUUAACAAAAGAAACAUGCCAUAUAUACAGUACGAGAGUCGACUCUUAGUGAAUCUAAAGAGCAGCCUUACACACACACAAGCCUUCAUAAUUUUCCCUUUUUUUCCCCCAUAGUUGUAAAUAUUUGUAGAAUUUCAUCCACACGUUUACGCAAAAAUGCUUUUUCUGUUUCUUGGAAAUCACAUUAUAAGACUUUGACCUGGGUAGUAUGGAUUUUAAGAUUUUUUUAUUAAAUUUAAAUUAGUCUUAUUUUCAUUAAUUAUCUGUAACAUAAACAGUGAAAACUUUGCAAUCUUUCUCCUGUUAAAAAAAAUAAAA